UCUCAGUGCUGAGUAGAAAAUUGGUUUUUUUUUUUUUUUGACAACAUAACUAGGUAACUAAAUCACCCGAUUCAUAGAGCCAAAUCGAUGGGGUAGAAUUGACAUAAAGCAUAGCUGAAGGAGAACUCCUCGCACCACGUGCAAGCUUGUCCGCCAAAGUGUUUUGUGCUCUUGUAUAUGUCUGAUCCGGAAUUCGGGAAAGAAAAUCUUAUUGCGGUUGAAUUCUUCCAAAUGUGCAGAGAAAGCUGGCCAUUCUGCAGGUGUCGACACCUUCUUCAACAUGAAUUGACUUGGUAGAAGUAGAAAAUUGGUUUAUGUAAAUAGAUUCAACAUGAUUUGUAGUAAUCUCUCUACUUUUUUAUUUAUUUAUUUCAGUGCUGACUGCAAUGAAUCUAAAAUAUGUAAACUAAAUUAAAAAAUUACCAACCAGAUUAGUUUUAAAAUAAAAAAUAAAAUAAAGGCUAAUAUUUAAUUAAAAAAAAAGGAAGCUACAUACAACGAAAAUUGCUGCGUUGGUUUUGAGUUGCAGUCCGAGAGAGAGUGAAGGAGGAGAAGAGAGAGAGAGAACGAGAGGAGCCAUAGCCAAUCUCCUUCCUUCUCCCUCCCAAAAUUUUCAAUCUCUGUCUCUCUCUCGUAGCGUUUUCGUUUACGUUCCUCUUCUCGCAUCGAGGAUCGGCGAUUCUCUUACACCGUGAACACGCCUACCUUCGCGUUGAUCAUGAACGAGCCUCCCCGAUUUCAGUAACAUUGAGGAGGUUCAAAUCAAAUGGCUCGUCGUAGUAGGAUUAGAUCAAGGAUCAAGAAGAGCCAUUUCUACACGUUCAGAUGCCUCAGGCCCAAAACGCUCGACGAUCAAGGCCCCCACGUCAUCAACGGACCAGGCUACACCCGCAUCGUCCACUGCAACCAGCCUCAUCUCCACUUAGCGACUAAGCUCCUCAGGUACCGAUCCAACUACGUGUCCACCACAAGGUACAACAUGCUCACUUUCCUCCCCAAAUGCCUCUACGAGCAGUUCCACCGCGUCGCCAACUUCUACUUCCUCGUCGCUGCCAUCCUCUCGGUCUUCCCUCUCUCGCCUUUCAACAAGUGGAGCAUGAUUGCUCCGCUUGUUUUCGUUGUUGGGCUUAGUAUGGGGAAAGAGGCCUUGGAGGAUUGGCGCAGGUUUAUGCAGGACGUGGGGGUGAACUCGAGGAAGGCUUGUGUUCAUAAAGGACAUGGUGAAUUUGGUCGUAGGAUGUGGAAGAAGCUUCGUGUCGGGGAUGUGGUGAGAGUUGAUAAAGAUGAGUUUUUUCCUGCUGAUUUGCUCUUGUUGUCGAGCAGCUACGAGGAUGGGAUUUGUUAUGUGGAGACGAUGAACUUAGAUGGGGAGACUAACUUGAAAGUUAAGAGGUGUUUGGAUGCUACCUUGGCGUUGGAAAAGGAUGAGUCUUUUCAGAGUUUCUCUGGGAUUAUCAAAUGCGAAGACCCGAAUCCCAACUUGUAUACCUUCGUUGGGAACCUUGAGUGUGAUGGGCAGGUUUAUCCACUUGAUCCUAACCAGAUUCUGCUGAGAGAUUCUAAGCUGAGGAACACCACUUAUAUCUAUGGGGUUGUGGUUUUCACCGGUCAUGACACGAAAGUCAUGCAGAAUUCGACCAAGUCUCCUUCAAAGAGAAGCAGCAUUGAGAAGAGAAUGGAUUAUAUUAUAUACACUCUCUUUGCGCUUCUUUUGUUUGUCUCCUUCAUCAGCUCUCUCGGGUUUGCCGUGAUGACGAAAGUUCAAAUGGGAAACUGGUGGUACUUGCGACCAGACAGGCCUGAGAGCUUAACGAAUCCAAAGAAUCCUCUCUACGCUUGGGUAGUCCAUUUGAUCACUGCUCUGUUGCUUUACGGCUACUUGAUUCCCAUCUCGCUGUAUGUUUCCAUCGAGUUAGUGAAAGUCUUGCAAGCAUCUUUCAUUAAUCAAGACUUGCAGUUGUAUGACAGCGAGAGCGGGACUCCAGCUCAGGCACGCACAUCGAAUUUGAACGAAGAGCUGGGACAAGUUGAUACCAUCCUUUCUGAUAAAACAGGAACUUUGACGUGUAACCAGAUGGACUUUCUGAAAUGCUCAAUCGCUGGUACUUCUUACGGUGUCCGUGCCAGUGAAGUGGAACUAGCUGCUGCAAAGCAGAUGGCGAUGGAUCUCGAGGAGCAAGGUGAUGAGAUUACAAACGUUCCAAUGAGUACAGUCAGGACACAACGCUACACCAAACUUGCCAGCAGGACGUCCUCAGAUUUUGAGUUGGAGACUGUAAUCACUGCUAGUGAUGAAAAGGAUCGGAAGCAGACAACUGGCAUUAAGGGGUUUAGUUUCGAGGAUAACCGUCUGAUGGAUGAUAACUGGGUAAAUGAGCCGAAUCCUGAUGAGAUUUUGAUGUUUUUCCGUAUACUAGCGGUUUGUCAUACUGCUAUUCCUGAGGUGGAUGAAGAUACUGGAAAGUGUACUUAUGAAGCCGAGUCUCCUGAUGAAGUUGCUUUCCUUGUUGCUUCUAGGGAGUUUGGUUUUGAGUUUACUAAGAGAACUCAAACAAGUGUUUUUAUUGCUGAACGGUUUUCACCUUCAGGCCAGCCAGUUGAUAGAGAAUACAAAGUGUUAAAUCUUCUAGACUUCACUAGCAAAAGAAAAAGAAUGUCUGCCAUUAUCAGGGAUGAGGAAGGGCAGAUUCUUCUACUCUGUAAAGGUGCUGACAGCAUCAUAUUUGAACGGUUAUCAAAGAAAGGUAAAGAUUAUCUAGGAGCUACUACCAAGCACUUGAAUGAAUACGGUGAAGCUGGUUUACGUACAUUGGCACUCGGAUAUAGAAAGCUGGAUGAAGCAGAGUAUUCGGAAUGGAACAGUGAAUUUCAUAAAGCCAAAACUUCUGUUGGAGCUGAUAGAGAUGAAUUGCUGGAGAAGGUAUCAGAUAUGAUGGAGAAGGAAUUGAUCCUUGUUGGAGCUACUGCUGUAGAGGACAAACUGCAAAAGGGGGUUCCUCAAUGCAUAGAUAAUCUUGCCCAAGCUGGUCUCAAGAUAUGGGUUUUGACAGGAGAUAAGAUGGAGACAGCAAUAAACAUAGGAUACGCCUGCAGUUUACUUCGACAGGGUAUGAAGCAGAUAUCCAUUUCAUUUGCUAAUGUAGAGGAAUCAUCUCAAAACUCCGAAACUGCUGCAAAGGAGAGUAUUUUGAUGCAGAUCACAAAUGCCUCACAGAUGAUCAAAAUAGAAAAAGAUCCACAUGCAGCGUUUGCUUUGAUCAUUGAUGGGAAGACACUUACAUAUGCUUUGAAGGAUGAUGCCAAGUACCAGUUUCUUGCACUUGCAGUUGUCUGUGCAUCAGUAAUCUGCUGUCGUGUCUCUCCUAAACAGAAAGCACUUAUAACAAGGCUAGCGAAAGAAGGAACAGGGAAGACAACUUUGGCAAUCGGUGAUGGUGCAAAUGAUGUUGGCAUGAUUCAAGAAGCUGAUAUUGGUGUUGGCAUCAGCGGCGUUGAAGGCAUGCAGGCUGUAAUGGCAAGUGACUUCUCCAUAGCCCAGUUUCGCUUUCUGGAGAGACUACUUGUUGUCCACGGACAUUGGUGCUACAAGAGAAUAGCCCAAAUGAUCUGUUACUUCUUCUACAAGAACAUAGCGUUUGGCCUAACUCUCUUCUACUUCGAAGCCUUCACCGGAUUUUCUGGUCAAUCAAUAUUCAACGACUCCUACUUAUUACUCUUCAACGUUGUUCUCACUUCUCUCCCCGUCAUUUCUCUCGGAGUUUUCGAACAAGAUGUUCCUUCUGAUGUCUGCUUAGAGUUCCCUGCAUUGUAUCAACAAGGCCCCAAGAACCUGUUCUUCGACUGGUACAGGAUCCUCGGAUGGAUGGGGAAUGGAGUUUACGCAUCCAUAGUCAUCUUCACACUCAACCUCGGAAUCUUCCAUGUCCAAUCAUUCCGCUCUGAUGGCCAAACCGCAGACAUGAACGCCAUGGGAACCGCCAUGUUCACUUGCAUCAUAUGGGCAGUAAAUGUACAAAUAGCUCUCACCAUGAGCCACUUCACUUGGAUCCAACACGUAAUGAUUUGGGGAAGCAUAGGAGCUUGGUACAUCUUCCUCGCCCUUUACGGUAUGCUACCACCAAAACUCUCUGGUAACAUCUUCCACAUGCUCAUCGAGGUUCUAGCGCCUGCGCCGAUCUUCUGGCUUACCACACUCCUGGUCAUUGCCGCUACAACGCUCCCUUACUUGUUUCACAUCUCGUACCAAAGAUCGGUGAACCCUCUUGACCAUCACAUUAUACAAGAGAUCAAGCAUUUCAAGAUUGAUUUAGAGGAUGAGAGAAUGUGGAAACGAGAGAAGUCCAAGGCUAGAGAGAAGACAAAGAUUGGUUUCACGGCUAGAGUUGAUGCUAAGAUCAGACAGCUAAGAGUGAAGCUUCAGAGGAAACAUUCGGUGUUGAGUGUCAUGAGUGGGACUUCUUCUAAUGAUACAACUUCAAACUCACAACAGACUUAAUUUAAGAUCAAGUAAAUUUUGUUUUAACUCCAUUGUUUUAUGAGAUAUUGCACUCCCUAUACAAACAUAACUCUAUAAUUUGCAUGGAUGGAAGUUUGCUUUUCUUACUGAUGUGUUUUUUUUUUAAUGUCAGUUAUGCCCUUAUUUCAAGUAUUAACACAUUCUAAAAAUAUUACGCAUUUACAAAGUUCCUAUAUUGAUAUACCACGUGUGAAAGAUUUUGUCUAGAGAAAGCACUAUAAUCGAUACAUGCAUUGUCUAAAAAUCAAACAUGUUCAUCUCUCAUCUGUCCCAAUUUCAUUGUUUAUUCCGUCGAACCUUUCUUCACUCCUUCAUCUCUGUCUUGCUCCGUCGUGGCUGUCGUCCACGCAGUUGACUUGCUUCAUCUUCCUUGUUCAUCUACGCCAUCGACUAAAAACAGAGCCACCACGAACGUCUCCGCCUCAAGUUUCUUCUUCUUCGCCGCAAAUCGUCGUGUUUGUCUCGGUUCACCGGACCAUCUCCCUCAUCUUUCUCUGCCGAUGUCGUCAUGCUCGGAUUCAAGCCUAGCCAUAGUGUUCAUCCUCGCCGUCUCUGUCUCGUUACAGAAGAUAUCGAACAAUAUUGGUGAUUUCUUAUGUUUUGCAACACAAGCCCUCCAACCUUUAGAUAUUCUCAAGGUGGCUCCAAUAUUUUCAAGUGUACAAAUAGUUUCACAAAUCGGCUCCAGACUUUUAGAUUCUACAUUUCAAACCCUUUAAAAACUCCCCGAAUAGUCCUCAGAGUCUUAGAUGUUUUCAAUGUUAAAAUUCAAAUGACAAUCUUGAGAUAAUUAGUGUAUAUUACCAGCUAAAUAUAACCAUAAAAGCCAAGUAAAAUUUUUAACCGACUAUUUCACAAAUUAUAUCAUUAAUUUGUAUAUAUUACCGGCUAACUAUAAAAAUGUAGAGAUAAUUAGUAUAUAUUACCGGUUAACAAUAACAAAAAAAUUCAAGUACAAUGUUAACCGGCUAAACAACCAUUUAAUCAUUUGUAUUGUGAUUUGUUAAUGAGUUAAUUUUAUAUUUAUCCGAACAUGUAAAUUUAAUCAUAUGUUUUGUGAUUUAUUAGAGAGUUAAUUUUUUGUUUAUCUGAACUGAUACAAAAUAACAAUCAUUAACUGAUCAAAAUAGCCGGUAAAUAUGAAUUAAAUACCAGCUAAAAUGUAAAGUAUCCGGAUACAUCAAAAUAUAACAAUGCUAAUUUAAAAAUGAGACAUAUAAGCUAUAUGUAUAACUGGUAAUUUAAAUCUAAAUAUCAGUUAACAUAUAAUAUAUCCAGUUAAAUAAUAAUAUAGACAUGUUAAUUUAUAAAUUAUCUAAAAAGUCACAUUAUAACCGGCUAACUUACAUAUCAACAAUAUAAGUUAAAGCUUACACUGUUGAGAAACUCUACAUUGUUUCAAUAAAAAAAAAACUAGCAGCAUUCAAAAUUAAAUCAAUAAAAACAAAUAAAAAAUAUGCAAAAUAACAGGGACCAGUUUUGCAAAAACAACAAAAAUGGAUCCUCAACUUGCAUCGAUCGAACUGAGAAGAUCCAACCGCUUGAUUUAUCAUGCUCGAACUGCAGUACUCGAUCCAGCCCAAAAUAUACAAAUUGAUCGCUUACUGAACAUCGUUCUACUCGAUUCAAUCCUCUCGGCAUAAGCUUCAUCUCAUGUGCCCACAAUCGAACGACGGAGAUGUGACAGCGGCGAGAAGAGAAGACACAGACACGGCAGCGAGAAGAGAAGACGCGGACACGGCAGCAAGAAGAGAAGACGCAGGCAACGUUCUGGUGCGGCGGAGAUGCGGCGACACCAGUGGAACGGAGACAAAUUUUUUUCAUUACGUGUAUAUAGAUAUAUAUAUAAUAAUAUAUGUUGGCUUUUUAUAUUAAAAUUUAAACUACCUAAUUAAAGAAGGGACAUAUGGUAAAAUACUCCUAGACAAAUAGUCUGACAACCAUGUUUUCUAGAGCUUUUCCAUUUUUGCAAAUUUUACAGUUAUUGUAUAUUUUUUCUUGCAAAUCGCUCUUUCUUAUAUGUGUAUUGAAGAUAGAUAAAGAAAACAAAAAUUAUAUUAUUUUUUUCUCACUAUUCAAAUCGUUUAUAUAACUAGAUAUUAGAAAAAAGAAAGAGGGUACUGAACUGCGUUUACGUAUGUGUACACACUAAUAUUAAUGAAAAUGAAAAAGAAAUACAUUACAAACUACAUUAUUGCUACAACCAUAACGGCUUUUUUGGAAUUGCAAACAUUUGCUGCCUAACCUUACCAACACACGAAUUGUGGAACUACUACAUGAGAAGGUAUAUAUUUCAAAUCCCAAAUGCAAUUUAAUAUCUCUUAUGCAAACUAUUUUUUUUAAAUAUAUCAAAAAUUAACAUUCAAAUUUAAAAAUGUUAAUAUUUCCUUUGUUAAUUUUUUUUUGGGUUUUCGGAAAAUAACCGCUCUUUCUUUAAAAUUAUAAAAAAAAAUUAUAUUUUUUUUGUUUUUGUUUUUGAAAGGUAGUCGUUUCUUUUAAUUAAAGUGAAAAAAAGAAAAUUCGUGUUAGCCGUUUGAAAAGUAGCCGUUUCUGUUUUGGUUUUCGGGAAGUAGCCGUUGUUAGAUUUCCUUUUUAUCUAUAAAAAGUCCACUUCCAACGAUCUCACAUCAGAUAAUCCCAUUCUCCUUUCCAUCAAGAAAAUAAUAAUAAUAAUCAGUUUCGGAACCAUGGAGCCGGAGAGCAACUUCCCGUCCCCUUCUUCUCCGUCGCUCAUAUCCUAAUACAACCCAUAGAAAACAAGAUCAUGUUUGUAAUCGGGAGCUACAUCAUGUACGACGACGACGAAGCUAUCGGCCGUGAUUCUGAUUCCCAAAGUAAACGCCGUCUCCCUUUCUCUCAUCCGUAAGGUAUCAAAAUCCUCUUUCUUUCUCUGUUUUUUAAAAUGCUUUUUGUUUUCUCAAAAGCUUCUUUUUUUGGGGGGGAAGAGGGAGAUUCUAUAUUGCCCGGAUUGAUUAUAAGACAAAUUCAUAAUGUGAAAACAAGUAGAACAGCGUCCAGUCAUUGAUCGUUAGCGAUCGUAACGUUUCAUUUGUCUUUUUAUACUUAUGAUUUACUUAGUCCACUCAUAAAUAAUCAAUCCGGUAAUUUUAAUCGACUUCUUUCUCUCUGUUUUAAAAAUGUUUUUUUUUUGUCAAAAGCUUUUUUUGGGGGAAAUUCUAUAUUAGUGGACUGAUAGACACUAAAUUCAUAAUGUGUAAACAAAUAGAAUGUCGUGUCCAGUCAUUUAUUUGUCCGUUAGAGAUCAUUAAUUUCUUUCAUUUUGCCUUUAUACUUAUGGUCAUUUUAGUCACUCAAAAUCAGUUCGGCAAUUAAGAGUUUCCCCCAUUCGUAUUUUCAUGGUUUCCUUUUCAAAUCUUUUGCUUGUUUGUUGUGUUGUGUGUUUCUUGUUUUUUCGUGUUUGCUUGUUUGUCGAGUUAGAAAUCAGUGAUGCUGUGUUAUGGAACUUGACAUUGAAGCCUUAUCUGGAUAUGGGUUUUUAAAGAAGAAGCUGUCGUCGACCUCUCUUCUGCAUAUCAUACAAGUUAUGUUACAAACUUAUAGUUCAUCGAUGUAUUGCGCUGAAAUUAGGACUUCGUUUGAUGCUCACCGUGGCCAAUGAAUAUGUAAUGUUGCCAUUACACAUGAUGUGUUAUUAAUUUUAUUAUCUGAAGAACUCCUGCCAUAAAUGAUAUUUGUGAUCUUGAUGAUACCAUGUUUCUUUUAGACUGACAAGAAAAGAACUAAAAAGUAAAGACUAUAGAAAUUACAUAAAAUAGACUUAUUAUUAUUUUAAAAGUAUUUAUUUAGACUUACACAAUCAUCUAAAAUUAUACUAACAAUAGUUUUAAAACAACCUUUUAUCAAAAAAAAAAGUUUGAAAGUUAAA